UUUUAAAAAUGAACAAUAGCGCUCUAUCCUACACCUCAACAAGCGGAAACUGAAGCGCCGCGUCGAACCGCUGCGAGGAUUGACAUUUUAUCUGAUUCCAUUUUGACAGGUUCUUUUCCGGUUUGAUUCUCAAGCGUCUUGAACCAAAAUGAGAACGAUCAACUCAAAUCAGACGGUCACCAUCCCGAAAGGCGUUUCGGCCAAGGUACAUGCCCGUGUUGUGACGGUGUACGGCCCCCGCGGAAAGCUUUCCAAGAGCUUCCGACACUUGGCCAUGGAUAUCUACAAGGUGUCCAGGAAGAAGCUGAUGGUUGAGAAGUGGUUUGGGGCCAAGAAGGAAAUCGCUGCUGUAAGGACCGUUUGCUCGCACAUCGAAAACAUGAUCAAGGGUGUGACUAAGGGAUUCCAAUACAAGAUGCGUGCCGUACAUGCCCAUUUCCCCAUCAACUGUGUUAUCAGCGAAAACAACAGCCUGGUGGAAAUCCGUAAUUUCCUCGGAGAGAAGCAUAUCCGCCGUGUCCGGAUGCAGCCUGGAGUGUCCGUCGUGAACUCGGCCAAGCAAAAGGACGAACUGGUUCUGGAGGGUAACGACAUUGAAGCCGUUUCCCUGUCCGCCGCACUCAUCCAGCAGUCGACCACCGUCCGAAACAAGGAUAUCCGUAAGUUCUUGGACGGUCUUUACGUGUCGGAGAAGACAACUGUUGUGCAGGAUGAGGAAUAAGGGGUUGCGCGUAAAUAAUUUUGUUUCUUGUAAUAAGGAUGGAAGAAAAUGAAGGUUCAAAAAAUUGAAAAA